GCAUUACCCGCAUCCACUCCGAUUUGGAAACGGAGGCAGAAGGCGGGCACACGCGAAGGGGAGCCCGGCGUGCGACCUCGCCGCUCCUUGUAGCGCUCCCAGGCACCUCCGGUACCACGUAUCCGGCGCUGCCAGUAGCUGCUGCGGUGUCUCCUCCGCGGCGGCGCUCAGCCAUGCUUUGGGAGCAGCCGCACCAGCUG